GUUGUACUUUGCUUUCGCUAACUGACGGUUGUGUCAGUCAGUCAAUCGAUGGUGCCGCUGCUGAGCAGUAAAACAGGCGAAAAGAUUUCUUCUUGAGCACCAACGAGGGAAAUAACUCUUUAUUCGAACAUAAACCUUCAAGAGGAGUAAAACGGUGUCAGGUAAGCUCAAAAUAAGGCAUUUUUAUUGUACGUGUUUAACUUUCUUGUGGGGCAACGGCUAAUUCGUUAACUCCAGGGCUUAGCACUAACGUUAAAGUUGAGUUACUUCCCGAAAGGAGGUGGAGGUUUGUGAGCGUUAGACACUUUAAAUAAUUACUUUUAAGUGAAAUAAACGACAAUGACAGGGUUAGAGUUACUAUUUAAGAUGUGAAAUUGGAGUUUACUUCAUUCAGUCGACUGCAGCAACACGACUGCAGUAAGCGUGCUAUCUUAAGAGUUCAUAAACUUCGUGUUCACUGUUGUGGGGUUGUUAUGUUUGUUAUUGAAGUGUUCUCUAAGUGAAUGUCGCACCUUUGUUUGUGUUAAACUUAGUUAGUUUAUACACUUUCUCCAGGGGUUUUUACCCUCGCAGGCGGAGUGUCACUAUAGUGUUUCUUUGCAUGAAGAUAAAGGGCGGGGCGGGUUUCGCAAGUAAAGAUGACUCCUGGUCCUUAUCGUAUCAUCCAGCUGUACAUACUAUGCUUUAAAAGUAUUACAUAAUAAGUGUCUUUUCCCAACCAGAGAGGUGGCUGAGUUCCUGUUUGCUGUCUGCUCUGUGUCUGUCGGGGCUGCCCAUGCUUCCUGCUCACACCAGUCUGGGUUCAGAUUUGCGCAGUGCCAGCCAGCUGCCAAGUGUAGUCCUGACUGCUGUGACUGAAAAUUGAACCCCCGUCAGACACAGAAAGAGGUGUUAGCUUCCCCCUUUUAGAGGUAGGAAAUCUGUAGAUAAAAUAUGGCUAUUAUCUGCAGAUGCAUCAUUGUCAACACGUGGUGAUUUAUCAGGGAACAUGGAACUUCCUGAGCAUGACAAACAGCUAUGAUUAUGUUAUGAAUCAGUGGAAGUGAUCAGUCAUGCCAGCUGAGGGGUUGCAUCACAGUUUCUGUAUCUAUGUGCUUUGUUUGGAGAGAGCUGUUGUCAAGGAAAAGAAGUACUGAAAGCUUUGUAGGUUCCUCUUUUUAUAUGGGAGGGCAUGUGAACUGAUUUCAUCGUCACAGAAAGGGGCUAAACUUAGAUUGGGUAUUCCAGUUUGAGCUGAAGGUUUUGCUCUCUAUUUAGGGAGAUGUGAGGGAUCCACAUUAGUGUGACUCUAGGACAAAAAGAAGACAGCUCAAGCUGACUUCAUGCUUCAGACGCUGAUCAUGUGCUUCCAUAGAUUAGAUUGCCUGUUUUAUUUAUGAUAUGCCAAGAAUUGAAAAUCAUCUCAUACAGAAAUAUACACGUUUAAAAAGAGAGUUACUGCACAUAGAUAUUCAGUUCUGGGAUAACAUUUGUUUGUUUUAUAGUGCUUUGUUUACAUAUGCUGAGACUUUUCCUGUUCAAACCAUAGACUGUAUACAGAAUGGAAGCCGUCUGCCUCCUCGCUGGGUGAAGCCACUCCGAGAACAGCACCCUCUAGUGACGGGCUGCAGUAUAAGUCAUGUCAGGCGCGUCAAAAUUCGCCUCUGAAUAUUUCGGGAUUUGGCGUUAGUAAGGACAUUUAAUGAGAGCAUUUCCACUUCCAAUCCAUAUACUGGCGGAAGGUGGAACCAAGUUGUCCAUAGUAUAUACAGUCUAUGGUUCAAACAUAAUUAAAAGACAACCCAAGCUAAAAUAAGAUGUUUGUUUUUGUUUUUACGAAAGGAUAAACAAGGGUAGAAAGGAGGGAAGACAUACCAAAUCAAACCAGGAUUGGGAGUCAAUCCUAGAUUAAUACAACAAAACCUGGAACUUGUGUACAUGGGGCGCCUUGCCCUACCAAACAAUGCUGACCCAGCACCCUUGUACCUUGCAGAGGCUUAUGUAUGUAGCACCUCCUUAAAUGAAACAACACAGACCACAAGCCCUAGUGUGUGUGAUGAAACACAACCCCAAACGUAGUUUGUACAAGUAGUGCCGCUGUGACCAAAAUCUUUUUUCUGUCAGACUGUUUCUCUCUGCUGUGAAUGGAACUUAUUAACAUUGAUGUUCAUGGGGUCUUCUUUGCUGUUGGAGUGAACACUCUGAGAACUGAAGUUUGGAGCACUUCCACGUUGGUUUCCUAUUUUUAACACCAGAGGUUACUGCUUAGGACAUGGCCACAAAAGCCACAAAUCCCAGGGUUAUUAUGUGUCCUUCAAAUUUUUGUUUCUUGAAAAAUUGCAUCUUUUUGUUAACAUGCAGCAGGUGAGUUUAUUCUUUCCCUGUCCUGAAAAUUCUGCAGCUUUGAAUGCAUCACAUGACAGAAGUAUGCAUGCAAGAGAGGGGGGGGCUUCCACAGGAAAAAGCUGCUGUCCAUUACGUCAGGAUCUCCCCUUCCCUGUCAUGUUACACUGAAUUUCCCUCCAUUAUGCCUCUGUCCAUGCUGCUGGCCUGUCCACUGGAAAAUGCCUGAAAGUGUGGAACAAAAUGCUAUUGUUUCUGUCAGAGGUGCAAGGUGGACUGGUUGGUUAUAUAGAAGCUAAAGUCGAGCAGGCGUUGAUGGCCUCUCACUUUCAUUGUCUGGUUUUCGGGAGCCUCAUAACCACAGUGUUCAACUCUGUUAGUGAUCUCUAGAAGGGCCGGAUAGGUGGCAGUGGAGGGAAUCCACACUGACUGACUGACUGGAGAGGUCGUAUUCCUGUGAGGUCAGCAGUCCUGUGCAGCUGUUGAGCUCACAUGAGGAAGGAGGGCAGAGGUGAUUGACUGACAGGGAAAGAAAAUCAAAGUCAUGACCUGCGAAUUGCCAUGGAAACUUUUGACCUUGAAAAUGUUUGCAGGAAUGCAAGAAGAGAGAAAGAAGCAGAGGAAUGAUUUUUUUUUCCUCUUACAGCUCAGUCGGGAUUUAAAGCUGACCUGCUGUGAAACUGCAAUAUUGAAGGGAUAGAUCAGCCUGUGAAGUUUAGCCGGCAUUUUAUGCAACAAAAGAAGGAAGUGGAAACUGAUGGGGGGGAAAAAAAAUCACCCCUAGUCUGAGACGCAAUUUUUCUGUGAUUAAGACAUUCAGAUGUUGACAAAGUAGAGCUCAAACUUGGAGUAUUUUUAAGCUUCCUUAUGUAAUCACUCUCCUCCUUUAAUCCCUAUGAUUAGUGUUUGCUAAUCAUUAAAGUGAGUCGAGUGUUACAGUGUUUUGUUUGUAUUUCAUGUUAUGUUUAGCAAUGCUGCCUACAACUAUCAGCCUUAGUCAUUUUAGAUCAAGCAAAUAGGCAGUUUAAUUCAUCUAUGUGCAAGAGUUUUCCUUCGACAAAACAAGACGUCUGUAGACAUCAAAUAUGAAAGUGGUUGUCAUGCUAAUGUUUGUGCAAGUGUUCUUCAGAGGUUUGAUUCUGACUUGUUUGAUUUAACAUAGAUGAUUGACCGACUGGUCUCUUUACAAAUAAGGCUUCUGUAGCUUCUGUACUGGGUCAGCAGAGUAGAGAGUGAACAGUGAGAGAAAACAUAAAGGACACUAACACAUGAGUCAUUGAACUCUUGUGGCUCCUCUAGCCUGUGGUACUGUGGUAUUUUGGAGGAGGCAUGCAAGCCGUAUUAAUACACGAUCAAUGUGUCUGACUAAUAGUGUUUUUCUUGAACUAUUAAAGAAACUUAAGCAAAGGGUACUCUACCUUCAGCUGCAACGACAACCAUGCAGACAAAAGCAGGAAAGAAGAUAUGGCACAGAAACCAAGUUGAAAAACUCUUAUGUUUUCUGUGCACACUGUGCCUCACAGCAGUUACUGAUCGGUUCAGGGAGACAGACCAAGAUAGGCUGAAGUGUUAAGAUUGUGUGACAUUGUUCUGAGGAUGCUGGUGCUGCACCUGAUAGGGGUAAAGUUUUACUGAAGGGAUGAACUGAUUAGAAUUGCAACGGUUUGAAUAACAGCAGCUUGCCAAAAAAAGGCAACUUGUGGUUUCCUACUGCUCUUAUUUUAUUUUAGACUGUAACAUACAGACUCACAGCUUCAGGCCAGGUAUGCACGUGCCUGUCAGUCAUGGAUUAGCUCAUCUUUGUGGUCUGUGUGUCCUAUUGUUUCUUGCUUCAGAGCUCCAUUCAUAGCUCUCUUUCUGUGUGGCGUCCUCCAGAGAAACGUAAACACCGGCUGAAGGAAAAGAAUUUCUUGUUCAUUUUUUUCUCUCAUCCUUACAGCAUUUUUUUCAUGUCAGAGCUUUUUUAUUCAUGUCCUGCUCUAAUGCUGCCUUCCUGUGUUGCUUUUUAAAGGUCACUGGCCUCUCAUGUGUCUCUUACUAAGACAUGACUCAGGUCUUCUCAUUUCCAGGAGUUAAGUACAGUCCAUGUGCUUUUAAUAACACACACAGUCAUCUCGAGCUUUAACUAUCUUGGUCUCAAUCUGCCUCCAAAGUCUGGUUCAGCUUUAGCUGCUCAUAAGUUAACAAACUAAUCAUUUUUGUUCACUCUUCUUCUCUUGUAAACAACAUGUUCAGUUUCAUUUGGGUGAUUUUAGAUAGAAAUUUGUGAGUUUAUAGAAUAAGUUACAACAAUGUGGGAUCUUACUCGACAUGCCAAGUCUCACUUUGAGGCAUUGUAGCACUUAGGAAUGCAUUUGUUCUCUUCUAUCUUGAAACUGCUGUCGGCAACCAAAUUCCAGAGUGCUCAGUACAUUUACUUAUCAGACUUAGGUGGAUACCAGUAUUGUGUUUGAUUACGUAACCACUAAGCCUGUAGUUUUUAAAACCCCAAGUUUUUGCGGUGUAGAUGAAAUCAUGCUUUUUCGUGGCAGGAAAGACUGUUGCAUGCGUCUCUUUGUCACUUCACAUUAACAAAACAAAAACACCAUCUCCUCAGCUUAAGUUCUCUGCAUGUUCUCAUGCAUUUUCCUUGCCAUUGCACAGCAGCACACAGGGUUGGAUUUUCCAGUGUUCCUCUGCACAGUGAUAGAUUGAGUGGACUUCAGACCUCAACUUCGUCAACAGCAUUGUUUACAGUUCUGGGUCAAGCCGUGUGCAAUUGUUCAGCACAGCCCUCCACGUCCCAGUGCCAAGGGUGUGCAGACAGUCGUUCCUGUUUGCUGUUGUUGAUUACAUCAGGCCUUCGAAAGAGUUAAAGUGAUGAAGGAAUUUCCACAUAUAUUGUUGUGGUGAUUAUUUGGUCAUCUUCCAUACAUCUGCAUCCUUGUGCUUAAAGGGAUAUUCCGUCGUAAAAUUAAUUUAGGGUCAAACACACCGUAACGCCAAGUUAGACAACCCCUCGAGAAAUGAAUGUUGCCGACCACUUGCUUCUCUAGUUAUAACUUUCCUAGCGACCGCACGAUAGCAAUACACAGCGGUCUGAUCAUUACUUUAUCAUAUUAAUCACCAUAUUAAUAAUUUUGCACUGCAGACACAUUAAUCAUUCUGCCUUAGCAUCUUGGUCUGAUUGCAUUUCCAUGAAGAAAUUAUCAUAAAUGGUCUUCCUUGAGCUGCGGCACCCCACAGCAGUCCGUAAUGGACUCGCCCGAGGUCUCGCUACAAACAAGCAGCUGCUGGAAGAGAGAUGGUGAGUUGUGUUUAGUCUCUUUGCUAAAUAAUCAGGCAAAGUUAAAAAGAUAUUUGGUGGCUAGUACUGUGGCUGGGACCCUAUAUGUACUGUUGAAGAAGUUAGGUGCUGUUCUGAGCAUUAUUUGGUUGAGGUUUGUUUAUGGCUCCUCAGACCGCUGUGUAUUGCUAUCGUGCGGUUGUUACUGAAGUUGAUGUAACUAGAGAAGCAAGUGGUCGGCAACAUUCAUCUCUUGAGGGGGUGUCUAACUCGGUGUUAGUGUGUUUGACUCUAAAUUAAUUUUACGCCGGAAUAUCCCUUUAAAAUGGAAAUCAGAAAUCCAUAUUUGAUCGAAGGGCUACCUAACAGCACCUUGAAAAAGAGCUGGAUCAGGACUCAAAUAUGUGAUAAUUUCAUGAGAUAGGGAAAUUUGGAUUUCAUAUUCAUCAUGUUUGCAUUGCUUCUCAUACCUCCGCUACCAAAUGAAUUCUGUUGACAUUUGCAUUGCUGCACUUUAUAAGGUUGCGUCGGUUCAGGCUUGUGCUCUGUAGGUCUAAGGACUUGGUGCCAUGUUUAGAAAAGAUAUUUGUGGCUCGUCCCAUGUGUCUCUCAUGUGUCCUCUGUUAUGGUGCAGCUGGGAUUUGUAGAAUGAAGAAUAUGGACAGCUGGUAGGGAAAUCAAAGAAGGGACGAGAAGACAACAGUUAACUUAAUCGCAUUAAAAGAAAUGGGAUUCAUUUCUUGUCACACACAUCAUUUCUUCUUGAUACUCAUCAGUACUGUCUGUGCUCGCUUGUGCCUUUGAGAAUCAGGCAGUCCUCUCAGCAUACCAAUUUUAUUGGUAAGUAAUAUUCAAGGCAACAGGAGACUCAGCAGUAUACAGACUGUGUAUUACUUGUGAGAGGUGCUUCAUUUUUAGAAUAGGGUAUGCACAACAAAGUGAUGGGAAGUAACGCAAAUGUGCAAUUUGUUUUUUUUUAAUAAAUAAUAUGAAGUAAAUUUAUAUCUGUGUUAAUUUGUGAUCCUUUUUUUUAACAAGGCUAAUGUCAAGCCUGAUGCCUUCAUUCACAGGGCAAGGUAUACAGUUCAUCUAUACAUCUAUACAUUUUCAGCCAGAGGUUUCUCUUUAAGUCACUCUAAACCAUUUAAUAAUUUACUACAAUUUAACAAUAUGAAGCUAUUUAGGCCAUAAACAUUGUAAUGUAAUUGUAUUUGACUCUCAUGGAUUUACAUAGCAUGCCCCUUGCUUACGGUUGCUUCCAUUAUCAAGUCUGUCAUUCAUGAGGGAGUAGAGUAACAUCAAACAUGUGGUUUUCCUCACCAAAGCGACCAACAACAUCUGUUUGUGUGUUUCACUGAGCAGACUGUAAACGACAAACGCAGUUAAAGGGAGAAUUGUUCCCCAGCUAGCAGUGACUACAAUACCACCCUCUGUCCAAGUGCUGCCCCGGAGGGCACGGGCCACUGACCAAUGUUCAACACACACACACAUACACAACACACACACACACAUACACAUACACACACACACACACACACACACACACACACACACACACACACACACACACUCACACUUUCUGACACACACUCAACACCAGCCCUCAUCCUCUCGCUGAGCUGAAAGAGCCACUGUUUGCUUGUAUUUGGCACUUAAACACAUCUUAUGUGAUCUGAUCGUCAGUGAACAGCUCCAAAUUAGUGAUAGGUUUUUAGACAGAGAUAAUUAAUGUUUGAAUGAGUGUAGCUCACCAUCAGACCGGUGUAGGGGAAACAAAAAGUGAAAGUCAGUCAGAGAGGACGAUGGUUUAGUGUCUGGGUUGGACAACACUGGUGUAGGGAGGGCUGAAAUUGAUAAACCAAGAGGCCCAAGACAUGGAUUGGAUUUCAUGCCUAAAUAAAAAAACACCAUUUACUGUAUUUUUAAUGUUACAGUAAUGUAACAUUAAGAGUAAUGUUGUAAUGUUGAAAUACCAGAAUAUUCUUCUAGUUGUGUUUCAUAGUCUUAUAAGUCUAACUGAGGGUCUUAUGAGUUAUAUUAAUUUUUUUCUACAAUUGAUUAGAAAAAGACAUUACCUUCGAUUAGCUAAUUUCUCCUCCUAUACGCGCUUGAAAUCUGUAUGUUGUUUUUUAUUCCUUUAUUAUCAAACUUAUGGAUCCCGCUAAUCUCCCUUGUUUCUACAAUGAUUAUAUUGUGUCAGUAUCUUAUCAGUUUUGGUGUCAAGGCAAUAAUGCGUUUUAUCUUCAAUCUCAUAGGGAACAACAGCUACUAUAAUAUCAUCUGACGCCUUUAUUUGGGCCUGACCAAUUUAUCGGCGAGCCAAAAUCGGCCAAAUCUCGCAGAUUUUUGCCGAUAUUUUCAGAAAUAAAAUUCGGAGAAUAAGAUCCGGUUUCACUUCGAAAUGUUCCGCCAUUUGAAAAGUUCCCCAACUUAUCAUGUAGAUGGCGCAGCGACCUUAUGACAAGCUUUAUCCACUAACUACCUCACAGCACAGCAGAGUGACGGAUCCGAAGCAGACAGUUAAGGGACGCACGAUCAGUCGGUCUUCUGUCAGCGUGAAGAGCAGUAGCCUUCAGUAUAUCUACAGUCGGUUAUCGGAUUUUUUCCCCCUAAUAAUCAGUAUCGGCCCCCAAAAAUCCAUAUCGGUCGGGCCCUAGUCUUUAUAUGUGUUUAUCGCCUCUGAAAUCUGACUACUAUGAUCAGCUGUUGAAUCUUUAAUGUACAUUUUAUGGUGAAGAGUAAUGACUGAUGACAGCCAUUGACAGAUUAAUCUUCGUCUAAAUGAUUGAUUACGAUCUGUUGUUGGAUUGAAUUCAAAUGUGUUUCUUAGUUUCCCAGGCGGGUCACUUAAGAUGCAUUUGGAAUGAGCUCUGCUGUCUGCGGUCUGUCUCAGCUGGACGUAACCUCAGUCUGAAUAUUAAUGGCUUCUUGAAGAGAUACUAGAUCUGAACAGAAGGCCAGUCAGAGGGGAGGGGAGGGGAGGAGACGCUCUAGGUUGAUGGAGAAGGAGGAAGAAGAGCGAGAGAGGGAAUAGAGUGAAGAAGAGGUUGGAGGGAUAAUGAGGCUGUUGAGUCUGAAAUGAUGGACGUGAGGAGAGAAGAGGGGGAGAGGGGAGGAACAGAGGAGCGACUGUCGUCGCUGUCUGAAGGAAACGGAAGCUGCCCACUGUGUGCUUCUUGACACUUUCUUUCUCUCUUUGUGUCACAAUCUCACUCACACACACACAAACAUGAUAUACGAUGGCUGAUCUGGGACUCUAUGCCGCCAGUAGCCACUGUGGGCCCAAUUUGACUGUAGAGAGAGGUUAUAAAAAUGGAUGAAAACACCCACCUGCUGAUAAGAUGGUGAAAUCAGACCGCUCUGUCCAUUUUUCUCUGUGUCAUUCUUUUGAAGCACUUCUGCUCUCACUCACAGUUUCAUAUUCAUAACAGCGUCUCACCCUAAUCCGUAAUAUCUGAGGAAUGUUGUUGUGACAGUGAUAAAAAGUUGGCUUCAUGUUGUUGUUUUCAGCUGUUAGUUUCAUAGCACACAGAAAAAAGAUGGGUGUGAUGGACUGCUUAAAAGACGCAUUUCUCCUCCUGUUUUCUACAUGUAUUCAAAUAACAAACUGUCUUAACUGCUGACUCAUUAUAUGCUUCAAAUUGAGCUUUCAGUUUCAACAGGCGCGUUCCCUUUCAUUUUUGCAUAUUGGAAUUGAGCAUUUAUCUUUAUCGCCCAGCUGCAAAAUUCAAGAAGGAGCGUGUCCCACCACACCUCCUACCAUUUUUUCUGACUCCCUAUACUAUGAUCCAAAUCUGAGAUCGUCUCAGCUGUUCUAUUAUGUUGUGAUCCUGUGUUUUUCUGUGGCAAAUGUGCUUAAUUUUGACAACUAGGAAAUGAGCUGCUUGGGAAAACCUGUCAUUGCAAAAAAAAAAAUUCUGAAUUGACCGUUUGUUUUCUCUAUUUUUCUAGGCCCUACACAUUGAGUGUAACUCAGGGCAGCAGCAGAGAUGUCAGGCUCCUACGAUGACUCCAUGAUUGAUGUCUCCAGCGAUAGCUUCUGGGAGGUACGAUUUUCACAUUGCGUUCACAGCUAAUAUGCAACUGGGGAUAAGUGUAAUAAAUCCUGUCAACUUAACCACAAAGCAGCUGCAGCACAGCUUAUUUUGUCAUUUGGAAAUAAAUCAACUCGAAUGUGUUUCGAAAGAGACGAGUGCAACCCUUGCUAUAACUAGUUCUGUUUUCGUUUCUGUUUACAGGUUGGUAACUACAAGCGAACGGUAAAACGGGUGGACGAUGGCAACAGACUCUGUGAUGAUCUGAUGAAAUGCAUCCAUGAGCGUGCACGCAUUGAGAAGGCGUAUGCACAGCAGCUCACAGAAUGGGGGAAGCGAUGGAGGCAGCUCAUAGAAAAAGGUAGACAUGUGGAAAAAACAAACUUCAAUGUGACAAUGUAUCUAAGCCAAAAUACAGCACACAUACAAUGAUAGAAUGAUAUAAUAACUAAUAAUGAUUCUUCUCUCAGGUCCUCAGUAUGGUACGUUGGAGCGAGCGUGGUCAGCCCUGUGCACAGAGGCAGAGAAGGUGAGCGAGCUCCACAUGGAGGUGAAAGCAGCACUGGGAGAAGACUCCGAGAAGCUGAAGAACUGGCAGAAAGACGCCUACCACAAACAAAUGAUCGGCGGCUUUAAAGAGACUAAAGAAGCUGAGGACGGCUUCCGCAAGGCUCAGAAACCCUGGGCCAAGAAACUCAAAGAGGUAUGACAGUUUGAUAAGAAGCGCUUUUCAAGAAACAGCUGAGCGGCUUCCACACAUAACAAAUUCUUCAAGCGCUGACAUCCAAUCUCACCCUUCAGUCCACAUGAUUACAUAUCACUGACUCACUCUUGUUUUCCUACCAUAACUACCUGCUGACUAAACAACAACAGAGCAGAACCACUAUCGCAGCAUCUGCACCAUGCAUGAAGAGAACUGUCAGACAGUGUGCAGCCUGUCUUUGUAUCUUGUAGUUCUUGGACUGCUAGCAGAGGGGAAGGAAACACUGGGGGAUCAGGGGGGCGUUUCCAGUGUGACUGGCUUCUUUUAGUUCAAAAUCAGGUCAAUUUAUUUCCUGCUGCUGCUGCUGCUUUCAGUUUAAGCAGUCUGUUUACGCUGGAUAGAGCAUAUGCAUUCAUUUCUCUGUAUGUAAAUGAGAUAUUCAUAGAAACAAGGUGGUAGAUUGUGCUCAAUAGCAUCAGAUAGAAAACUAAAUAAAGUGUUAUUUCAAUAUAUUAAUCUUAUAUGAUAUCUGAUGUCCGAAAGUUAUCAGUCCUUAAACACAACAUAUACUAUACCCAGUUCCAUGAAGUGUUUACUUCAUGUAUCCUAUAUAGUUGAGCAAAUUUCUCAGUCAUAGCCCACAGAUUUUUACAUCUUUAACAUCUUCCAUCUCUUAGCGUAUCUUUGCCAUCGUAAACAAAGUGACAUGAAAAUGUCUUUCUGCAAAUUGACCCGAUUUCAGCAAGUUUUCCCAGGUCUGCCACAAGAGAAGCGUUGUUGUCAACAGUCUGCCACUUGACAGGCUGUUGCUUUGUAAUGAUAACACAGCCGUAGUCAAAACAUUUAAAUCCUUGACAUUUGUCAACAAACUUAGGAAACACACAUUUCUAAACCCGCCCUCAAAUUAAAAGCCUGUGCUCCAGACCAUAUGAAACUCUUUCCACACGCUGUAAUCAUAAGCAUUAUAUAUUUCUGCAACACCACUGUACUGAACAUGAAUUUAAGACCAUCUACAUGCAAGUGUUUGUUUACUCGAAGCCUCUGAACCUUGUGCAACCUUCAGGCUCCUUGCCCUCAUUUCCUGCGUGUGUGUAUUGUUACCAGGGGGGUGGUGACAUCCUGGUCUUGUCAUCGGGCAGCAGGGGCAGUUUUGCAGCCACAGUGACUUAUUGAUUGACCAGACAGACAGACAAGAGCAAGUCGUGGAGGGCAGAGAGGAAAUGAGGCUAAUUAACUGUUCCAGAGAUUGAGCUCCUGACAUGUGUGACAUGGACUGUGUGUCAAUAAUACACACAUAUGCUGAAGUAGAUACAGUGUGACUCAGUCCUGAGCUAUUAUCUGUGACAGGGGAUGGAAAUUUUGUGUUGCCCACACAAAGAGGACGGACACUUGACCGCCUGUUGAAUUAGAUUAUAAAGUACAGACUGUUGUCUUUGAGUUUUAAGUGCCCGUCUACUUAAUGACAUCAUGGUUGUUCAGUAGGGACAUGGCUGCUCUGGCGCUGGCCCAAGCAGCACUCGGCCCUGCCCAAGACGUCCUUUAAAUAGAGCAGCUAUGCAUGAGUUGACUUCCCUUAAUUCUUAUCAGUUGUUCAAUAUAAACAAGGUGAUAGAGGAGUGGUCACCUCCUGUUGUCAUAAAUGCAUCACAUUGAAAAAUUAAUCAGGGGUUAGUGUUUUUGUAGGAUACUCUAAAUGAAGUGACAUCCAGGUUAUUCAUUUCUUCCAAAACUCAUGUGUCUGGCACCUCUGAUGACUGCGUUUCCCUUUGUAGGAAAUACGUCGUUAUACUUCUAAAACUGACAUAUGACUCCAAAUUAGUCAGGCUUUUACUAAGAAAAGCAAACCUGUGUUCCUUCCUUUACUAAGGCAGAGAAAAUAGAUUUAACAUCAUCAAAGAUGAGCAAUACUCAAAUGUUUUUGAAUAACAUCCACCCAGAAUAGCUUUCAACAAUUAUCUCUUAUUCCUGUUAUCAUGUGAAAUUGAGUUCAUUCAGUUCAAUACAAGAAAGGGGUAAAAUUCACGCGGAAAUCCUGCAUCUGGCACCGGUCUGUCUUUGCUCACUAUUUCUGCACUGUAGAGGUUAUUCCAGGUCAUCUACUGAGACAGCUGCCGUUGCCCGUAUUUCAUCUUUAAUGUCUGAAUCCGAAAGGUGGAGACGAUGAAGAAGUCUUACCACUCUGCGUGCAAAGAGGAGAAGCUGGCAACCAGCAGGGAGACCAACAGCAAACUGGAAAGCAACAACAACCCUGAAGCCCAAAAGAAGCUCCAGGAAAAGGUGGAGAAGUGUCAGCAGGAGAUGCAGAAGGUAGGGUUUCCCUUGGGAAAUGACAUAGUUGGCUGAAAAGCUCGCCAUGAUCCUCUGAUUAAAGAGAGGUAUUAUCCUGCAAGCUGACUGGAGGUCAUAUCUUAAAAGCCUUUAAGUUAAGCAUACGCCAACUUAUAAAAUGCCUAUUUAAAUAUCAUCCAUCACUACUAAUAGAGUUAAACCCCUUUAUUCUCACAUAACUGGAGGGUUUUGUAACUUACUAUUGGAUUAUUUCACCAGCCUGUACAUAUCUGAGUUGUCUAGUGCUCAAAGCUGCUUCUCUUCUGCUUCUCUGAAUAUUUGGAGAUGCCUGUUUGGUGUCAAAUUCAAAAGUUUUAGUUGCCUUGAUGAGUCUUUAAACAUUAAAACUAUUCUCAGUUAUUACAUGGCCUUUUUUUAAGAGAGGAAAUCACCUGCUCUGUUAGUGUCGUCUGGAUUGCAGGACAGGAUGUUGCUUCUCUUCUCCUAGAGACAGUUCUGGCCCAGGCUGCUCUGCUAGAAUUGACUUUCCAGCUGGUGAAGGAUUUGUUUGGUUAUCUAGAGGCACAAGCACGUCACCAAAAUUUUUAUUGUGUGAUGUUUUUAUUUUGACUGUCUUUCCCUCAGACUAAAGAGCGCUAUGAGAAGUCCCUUGAAGAACUCGACAAAGUGACUCCACAGUACAUGGAGAACAUGGAGCAAGUGUUCGAGCAGUGGCAACAGUUUGAGGACAAACGCAUCCGCUUCUUCAAAGAGGUGCUGCUGGAGGUGAAACAACACCUGGACCUCUCCACCAAUCACAGGUUCGAUUAAGGGGAUUAUCAUGCCCUGAGGUUUUGUACUUUUGAAAUGUUUUUCAGGGUCGUCUAGACACAUGAAAACAACUGAUGAGUGUCUCCUAGAAUAAAAAGUAAAAUACUUUCUUUGCAGAUUCCAGACAAUCUACCAUACGCUGGAGGACACAAUCUCUGCUACUGACGCUGAAGAGGACCUGAAGUGGUUCCGCUCCAAUCAAGGCCCUGGCAUGCCAAUGAACUGGCCUCAGUUUGAGGUACUUCACCUUUUAUUCAUAGUGAAUAAAUCAUGGGGGGAAAAAAAUGAAAAUGAGUAAAUAUUUGGAAAGAGGGACAGCCUCGAGAGUGGCUUUCAAAAAUUUUCUUUUUCAGUUUGUUAAUCUUCUGGAGGAAAGAUUCUGGUUGUUGCUGACAAAACCCAGUUUCAAAAAAGUUGUCAAGCUGCUAAUAAUCAAAGUCAAGAUAUUAAAUGUUCAAACUAAGAACGUACAUGGGAAAGGGACAACAAAACACUAAGAAAGUUGCAUGACUCGAAGGGGGUCUCCUGGGUGCACCUUGAUUGAGUCUGGGGGCAAAACUGGCCUGCAGUCUUGACUUGUCACCCAAUGAAAACAAUUUCCACAUCAUGAAAUAAAAAAUGGGACAAAGGAGACCCAGAACUGAUGAGCUGCUGAAAGCUGAUUUCAGACAAAAAUAGGACAGGUCUCCUUGGUUCCUGGACGUUUAUUGAGUUCUGUCAAAUGAAGAGGUGAUGCGCUACCAUGGUAAACAACUUUUUUAAAGCUGUUGCUGACAUUAUUAUUACAGUAAGCGUAUAUUUUUUAUAAGACAGUAACAUAUUUCCGUUAAGAUGUUUGAUAUGUUGUAUUUGCACUGUUUUUGAUAAAAUAGAGAGUUUAAAAGGUUUGAAAACUUUCAAAUAUCAGACUAAACCAAACUGAGAACCACCAGUUCAAAGGAAUGAGGAAGUUGUGUAAUGAUUCAUGCACCAAGGGCAGCUCUGCCAUGAUUCUAUUACAGAAGGCCAAAGAAGGAGUUAUAGCUCAGUGUCAUUCUUUGUCUUCGAGUAUGCUAUUUGGCAGCAGGGGUGGGAGUAAAUCUGUCCCCAGCAGUCACAGUGACAGUGAGAGGGUUGUAGUUUAUUUCAUCUUCCCAGCAGGAGGUUCAAUAAGAAAAAGAGGAGAGGAGGGCACCGAAAGAACUGCAUGCGCUCGCAGUGGAACAAUUUAUAGUGUUGUUUUUCAUGCUCUCGCAGGCGUAGCUGCUCCAAAGUAGCUGCUUCUUCCACUUCCAUCAUUACAUCAUUACCCGGCUGUUUUUCUGUCUGAGUAGGGCUUUGUUUUUGGAAGACUUUUUAAGAAACUAAUUAAUCAUUGCUGUGACAAGAGCAACUUGAAACAAACAGAAGAGCACUUUGUCAGCCUAAGCAGGAUCCAUAUCUAAAUGAAACUUGAACAAACUAAGCACCACUGUUAUGUUGGAAUUAUUCAUGGAGUCCUGGCUCUUUAUUUAGAGCCUUGCCGUACUAAAACACACUAACAGUUUAGGAUGUUUCGUCUGAAUUAACCCUGUUCCACACCUGCUUCCCUUUCCCCAUGUCUGACAGAAUUUGGACUGGUCCCAUCCUCGCUCCUUUAAAAGAAGGUCCAUUGUAGUGAGUUCUGCAUGGGAGGCUGUUCUUUUCACAACAGCCAUGGGGAGAGAUCCUGUUUUUUCAAAAUAACACCCUCACUCCUUGCUGCUUCUAUGUGUGUGUGUGUGUGUGUGUGUCUGUGUGUUUGAAGUGGUUUCCUUCGUGUCUUUAUCCACAUCUCAAAGAAUAUUAAUGAGACGCAUGUGGCACAUGCUGACACCGCUGCUCGUAGUUCCUGUUCCUGUCAAGUGAAACCACAGGAUGUUUACAUCUUCUCCUGGAUGCCAGAUUUUCUUGAAUUUCUUUAUAAACACAUUUCUGUCUCUCUGUUCUGCUUAACCUUUGAACUCUGACUCCUCAGUGACCCUUACUCAUGAUUCUGUCCAUGCGAACCCUGCAGUGUGUCAUAUGAUGCCACUACAGCUCAGCUGUGAUUUCACAGAGUCUUAGAGGUCAUGAACCAUGACCAACCCUACAGCCAACCCAUUGAUCUUUAAAGGUUUAGGAGGGCUGAAAAUUUAAAGGGUCAGACGAGCUUUUAAGGAAGCUAUGAGGUCACAUUUAGUGAUGUGUCACAUAGUUUGUAAGAAGGGAAAAUCCCAGUGACUGUCAUGACCUAGAUGAUUGACAGCAAAGUGCAGGGACAGCCCUUCUUUACUUUUUCAACAGCAGAUAUUAAACUGUUGUAAUAAAGCAGAAUGAGAUUAUUUGUCUGAGAAUAGUACCAACUAAGUGAUAGGAUGUACAUCUUUGCCCACAGGGGGCGCCAAAAUCAACACCAACCUAAAGUUCCUCACAGCAGCUUUAAGCCUGCAUCACAUGUACAGAGGCAACAGUCAUACUGGUCAUGAGAUCAACACUUGAUCGAAAAAUUGUCAAGUAGCGUCCUAUUGAUGGAGUGGUCCUUGAUAGUGAGAUAUGGGACACUAAGGUGUUUAUCUAUACUGCUAUUAAAACUAAGGGAUCAUCAUACAACAAAAGAACUCAAGUUGUAUGUCAAAAUAAAUGAUGACAAAAUAUAUUUUUCAUUCUGUCACUGUUAAGGCAGGCUGUGUCUAGUUGUGUAAAAUGACAGUUUUUCAGAUAUUUACUUUUAAGCAAAAAAAUUGUACGAAACAUCACUUUUUGGCCACCAAAUUUAGGAGAAAUUUAAAGCUACUUGAAGGAGUUUUUUUAAUACUCUUCUUUUAAAAAAUGGCUUAAGUUUAUAUGCCUUUUUAUGAUGCCCAAGAUCAAACAAGACCAUUAGCUACAAGAUUUCUCAUUUUUUAGUGAGUUGUUUGUAAUGCUUGAAACUGAUGGGAGGGUCAGGUGUCAGUGGUGUUGCAAAAUUGAUACAUUUGACCAUCAAAGGUCAGCUGGAUGAGACUGGAGAUCCAGCAAUAUAUGGGACAAGAUAAACAAAGAUGAUGUUGUCCACAGGAGGCGCCAAAAUUUAAACAAACACAAAGUUCCUCAUAGGAGCUUUAACCCCAGGGGCCACUGCUCUGAAAUACUAACGCCUAACACCGUAGUAGGUCUAGGAGGAUUCUGGAAACUUAAAUCAAUUAAUCAUAAUGAGUGAAGGUCUAAUUAGUUUUAUCAAAAGCUAUUUUCAGCAGGAUUCGUGACACUGUCUGUGUAGAGUCAGCUUUUCCCUUCCACUGCCUCGUUUCUGUCUGGUUUUAGACAGUCUCUUUCGUUGCACUCUCCCUGGUUAACCUCUGGUGGAGGGGAGACUUCCUGGUGCUGCGUUUCUUUCAACAGGUGAUGGACACUGUACAUAGCUGUGUCACUUAUCAAGCCUGUGCUGUAAAAAUACACAUGCAUGUACAGUUUCAAAAUCCAGCAUCUGUGACGGAGCCUGAGGAGUGUUUCACAGACUGUUUUGAAGUGUGUGUGUACUGCUGUGCUCAUGCCUGUGACUUUCCACUUGUGAAGGCAGCUUUGAACCAACCACACUGUCUUAAGUUGUGGGUGUAAUACUCGCCUUUCAUGUUUGUUUGUGUGUGUCUUUACCAGGACUGGUCCAUAGACCUGAACAGAACCCUGAGCAGGCGAGAAAAGAAGAAGCCCACAGAGGGCGUGACUCUGACAGGCAUCAGUCAAACUGGGACAGACCAGGCUGUCCAGCCUGCCAAGACCAGCAGCAGGUAAAUACCUCAUCACACACAGUCUUACUCACUUACUCUCUGUCAUCCAAACUCCCCACUUCAGAGGUAAUCCACACAUGCUCGUAAAACGUUACAUAAGGAGAGCUACGGGUGUGUGACGUAUCGUUGUCGGGCCGUUUCCAGGGGCAACGAUAAACAUUUUGUCACAGUUUGCUGGGAAAGAAUUCAUCCCUGAGAGUCUGGAGUCGGCUGGUACAUAGUUGAGCGGGAGCCAAAAAGUAGUGUGGAAAUAUUACUCAUACACACAGAGCGCUUAAGAACAUGAAAUAUUCUGAGUGGAAAGUUGAAGGAGAGAGCGCAUGGACUUAACUAGGUAUUGAUUCCCAGGAACAAACGUGGAUCAGCGUUAGCUAAGACUGUGUUUUAAAAUCAAUUAAACCCUUAAAUCAUCUGUACACAUAAUGGAAACAGGAGAAAAGGUUAAGAGCUUUUAAUGUUUGACUGGCAGCUUUUAAUAACAUCAUGUUGCCUCUCUAAUCCCAGAUAAGAUACAACCUCUACAACCUCUCCACAGAGUCAUGUGUUUGUGUUAUGGUAACUGCACCAAGGACAUAACAGUGGAGCAUGGAAACGACAGCAAACAGCUGAUCAUGAGUUAAAAUUCUCAUGCAGUUCAUAUGGGGAAAAUCCACCAAAGAGUCCGAUUCACCUGUAGCUAUUCGAGGCACACAUGGCUAGAAAACCAGAACUGUCAAGUCUCUGCAUUACCGAGCCCGUGUUCUACUCUGGCUUUGUCUUUAAGCAAGGUUAGCUGUGAUUGUCUCGAGUAGUGUACGUGCAUUUUGAUAAAACCACUCUGAUUUGACAGGGAAAUGAAGUUCAACGUGCAAUCACCUGCCAUUAAUUGUAGCAGGAAGUGUUGUGUCCUCAGAAAUUGAAAAAAAAGGAGUGUAAAGAGGAGUCAACUAAGGGAAUGUCUGGCAUGGAAAGUAUUUGACCCCCACCCCUCAAACAACAUUUACAGCACAUUGUUGUCUUGUUUCCUCCAGCUGUGGGCGUGACAGGGGGAUCCUCUGUACAUGUGGGGUCUCAGUAGGGUACUUACCUCAACUUAAGAGACUUUAUAGUGAGCAUUUUACUGAUUUAGUUGUUGUUGGCUUCAGAAAGUCUGCACCCUUUCGAUGGCGGAGGUUUCAACGCCAAGAUAAGACUCUAACACUCCUCCCUGAUUGAACAGUUAUGAGGUCAGGUUUGUUUGUUGACUGAAACCAUCCCAAAGUUACAUUUCUCCAGACUCCCAGCAGAGCAGUGUUUGCUGUAAUCACUCCUUAACUCAGGCUUAACUCAAGAGAAGCAUGGCAUGACUACACAAACAAAGGCGUUCACAAUUCCAAGCGGUUUCUGCUGCUGCUGCUGCUGCUGCUGUUCAUGGUCCAACUCUUCUGUAAACAGGGAGUAGAAACCCCGUGUUUCCUCUGAUACAGGUGGUGGGCUGGUGUGAGGGGUUUGUUCAUUGAUGCAGAGAGUGACAAUGGUAGGAAGUAAACCGCCCUUUUGUGCUUUAUAGAGAGAGAUUUUGCACCUUCACAUGCCAGUAGUAGCGAUUGAAGUGUUUGAUGUGUCACUCAGAGAAUGGCCACUUUUGUGUAAAUUAGGAUGUGGAUUUUCUUUGAGUUUGAGCAUAAAUAGUUAUUGUGUCUUUUCUGUCUGUGUUUAGUCUCGACACAGUUGUUUUGUUCACUUAUCGCACAAUUAUUGAUGUCAGUUGGCCCUCCACCCCUCCCUCAGCCGCUGCUGUGUGUAGAGCUCUCCUUUGUGACACUGUUUACAAUCCAACAAGUCCAAAUAAGUUAUUUUUGUUGUUUUGGAUCUCUGGAUUUUUUGUGUGUGCAUGUCAACAAUCCAUGUCUUACUGUGUCCCGUGUUGUCAGCCUGACUGUGCCUAAAACAGCACCAGCGGGUUCAAACCCUUUUGAAGAUGACGACGAGGAGGAGGAGGAGGAAGAGGAGACGACCGUUGAGCAGCAGACUACAGUCAACCACAACAGUGUGAUUAAAGAGGAAAUAAAAACGUUGGUGAACAGGAGAUCGCUCCACCUGCCCUUUUUUUUUUGUUGUUGUUUCCAUCUUUGUUUCUAAGGGGGGGGGCGUUAUUUGUGUUGCGGUUCUUUUUCUUAUUCACUCCCUCUUUCUUCUAACUUUUCCUUCCUCCCUCAGGUGGCCGAUUUUUAUUUUCCGCUCUGCAUGGUCACUGGAUUAGCCUCGCACACAUAGCCUGUGUGUCUGUCUGUCGUUUCUAACAGUGCCAUGUCUUGCAGAACAUUCAAUUUCAUGCACACGUAUCUGUCAGUGGAUAAUCAAAUUUGUUCAUAUCUUACAGUCGGAUCUGAAUGGGUUUAAACACCUGCAAAAAAAUCCUAUUGGGUGGACCAAAGAAUAAACACUAUAACAAAUUCAUAGAAAAUCAACAUCCCAAAUUAUCUCAUCAGACAUUUAUCUUUUUAGUGCAUGAAUGAGCUCAUAUGUUUGGCAAUUGUGGACUUAAAAAUUGCCAAACAUACGAGUCCCAAAAGGGUCCUGACUGUAAAUCCUUUUUGAUGUCCAGGUGUGUGUUUGCUGGUUCUUACCUCAUCAUUUCAUCAGAGCUACGUUCUCUCUUGUGUUUAGGUGGUGCCCUCUGCUGGCCAUUCAGGCUUAAAUCCAAUCAUGCAUUCCUAAUAACAAUGAUUUGUCUUGCUUGGUCUCAUGUUGCCGCGUUCUUUUUUUUCAUGUGUCUUGAUAUGUUGUGUUGUUGUUUUGCUGAGUUUCAGCGUUGUGUGCACUCUCACUUCAAGCUCAGAGCAGCUUUCCAAUCACCUGUUAUGCUGCCUAAACUGAAUGCUUGCUUUGUAGCAUCAAUGCCAUGAGUAAGCAUGUUUUCCACUUUGAAUGUUUUCAGGACGAAUCACAAAGCUGUCCCUGGAUUUGGAGAUGCACUUUUGCCUUUUUUUGUGUGAUUACUUCAUCCUGUUUUAUAUUUUUCUCACCUUUUAACUUUUAUUCUUCAGUCCCUGCUUUUGUCACCCAUGUCUAAAAGGCGUCGGCAUAAACACAACAAUUCAUUUUCCUAAGAGGCUCUUUUGUCUGUUCAUUUAGUGCAAGCAGUGCAGAGAAGACUCCUGAUUGGUCAGAUGAAGACACAGGUGGUAACCCUUUUUCUACUAAUGGCGAUGGGAAUCCAUUCGAAGAUGAGCCGGCUUCUCCGGUCGUAUCUGUGCCUGUCAGAGCUCUCUAUGACUAUGAAGGACAGGAGCAGGACGAGCUGAGCUUCAAAGCAGGUAUGUGUUGUUUUCAUUCAUUUGAUAAGGAAAACUAAUAAAAUCACAAAAACUGACAUGAUAAUGAACUAAAACGGCAUUGUAUGCUAAAAAAUAUACAAAAAGGAAAACCUCUCCCCUCAAAUGUACAAAUGAAUGAUUUGGAAAACAGCAUCUACUAAAUGUUGUGUAAUAUUGUAAAACCAGGGGUUACAUUUUAGGUCAGACCUCUAAACAUCAUCUAUCUAUAUUUUUCUGUAUCAAAGGAUAAACUAAUUAGGCAUAAAUCUACUGCUGCUCCUCAAAAAUCACCCCAUGCAUAUCUUGUUACAGACUUCAAAAAAAUACACAUUUAGGACGCUGUUAUUCUGAUUCUAUCAAAAAAAUAUAUUUUCAAAACAUAAAGAUAUAACCAAAAAUCCAGCCUUAAAAGCUUAUCAAAACUAAACUGACAUCAAAUCAAAAACACAAAAGGAAAUUAAAGUAAAAACUAAUUAACAUUUCUCAACUGUUAUAACUUCUUUAAGAACUACACUGACUGGGAUGCGUUUUUUUUUAACUCUCUUUUAUUCUUUCGUUCUUCAGGAGAUGAGUUCACCAAAAUCGGAGAGGAAGAUGACCAGGGUUGGUGCAAAGGCCGGCUCAAGGAUGGACAGACGGGCCUCUAUCCUGCUAACUAUGUUGAAGACAUCCAGUAAUGAAUCUUCAUGAAAAUGGAAAACAUGAAGAAAGACGACCGUGGUGUUUUGGGAAAUGACAGUGCGGCAGGAAAACUGGAUGGCUCUGCCUCGUUUUUUAACACUUCCCUCCCUGUUGAUAAAGACUGGACUGCAGUGGGAGAAGGACAAAGGGGGAGUUUCAGAUUCAAAAAGGACCACUUGAGAUGUUGUUGCUUGCCACAGACUGGCCCUCUUAGAAACUUAGUUUCCAGAUUUCAGGAGAGGAAGAUCACAGAGACAAAAAUGCUGUCAGUGUAAAAUGUUAUGUUACAUAGAAUCCCAUUUAUGCUGUUACAAAAGAAAAGCUUUUCAAGUAUAUAUUAGAUAAGAUUCAAAGAAAUUUAUGUGUGAAUUUUGUAUACUGUUGAAACAAAACACUGGGAUGACAGCCUGACAAAUCGUCUAGCGAUGUUACAUGUAGCCUUAAUGUGCAAGCCACUAUGGAUUCAUGAAGGGAGAUGACCCUCUGUUCUGUUCCUGUUAGAACCUAAUCCACAAAUGUUUGAUUUUCUUAAUCCCAAAAAUUGAGAUAAUUGUCUAAGUUGAUUUAUUAUAAAUUGGUGCAUACAUUUUCCAGCCAUUUUAUUCAGGUUCUUGUCACAAACUCAGUUCAUUCACUGUUUUAGUUUUUUUACUUAAAGAAUAGCAGCGAUCAGAAGAGCCAAAUCCUGGUGUAGUCAUUUAGUUCACAGUGGGUAGCCUUCUCCAGUCACUGCUAUUGAAUGUAUCAUCACUGAUUGUAUUUCCUUACUUAUUGAUUGUUCACUUGAGCUUGUGUUGUUUUACUUUUUCAGCCACUGACAAACAACAAAUCUCUACUUUUUUUCUGAUACUAGAUGGGCUAUUUCUCAUGCAACACUGAAAACUUCUCACAAAAGUUAAUCUCACUUGAAUCGCCUUGUUUUAAUUCUCUCAUUUCCUGUUUAAUGUCAAAUUCUGGGAAAGUAUUUUACUAAUAUAGCAAUAAAAUAAAAAACAUGGCCAGGUGUGGUGUCACAAACAUGCGUGUAAAUAGCCUGAAUAAGACGUAUUGGAACCAGUUAAGCAUUCAGAUCAGAUGAUAUGUAGUAUGAAAUCAAUGUUUGUUAAUUUAUGAUGCCACAAGUGCUUUUGUUCUACUCUUGUUAGAAUGCUGUGACUGAAAAUCAGUUUGUAUAGUAAAUGAAUAUUUUAUGGCAAAUAUUCCUCAAAUCUGUUAUUUUGUUACACUUGUAAAUAUGAUUAUUUUUCCCUUCAUAGAGGGCCGUACUUACCGAAUUAAUCAACAAAUACCAUGUGGAUAAUUCUUAAUGAUUUCUUAGGAGCUAUAAACAUACCUGAUGUAAUGACCCUAAUACCUAAUUUGUUUUGAUCAUGUAAGGCUUUAUUAGCUUGCAUGUUUUGCAGAGAUGAACUGCUGGUUUUUCAUUUAUGCAAGCACCAAAUUCAUUAAAAAAAGUCCCAGAAUAAGUAUACAAAUAAAUGAAAAAUUACAUUCAAUGCCUUUAACUGUAGCAGGAUGGGAAGAUGAGUUUUUUUUUUUGCAUUUAGUUAUAGAGAGAAAGAUGUCUUGCCAUGUUUUCAGGGCAUGCUGUCGUUGACACGCAGUACUUGCACAGUUAAGUUUGUAAAUGUUGUCACACAACAUGAUCAAUAAAUUUAUUGGAAAACAGUUUG